UAUGACGAAUGGAUCUCGGCACUCAUUAGAUAGACACUUCGAAGGUGUACGAGCUCCUCUUAUACUUUUUCAAUCAGGGAUUGGCGUCCCUUGUAAUAGCCCACAACUCAUGGCUGCCACGAUCGAAUAGAUAAGCCGAAGCCAGCUGCAUCUAUAUCGUCAUUCUUGAGCAGAGAAAGUCGAAAGGUCUGCAUUCCAUAGUCUAUGACCCCAAUCUGCAACCACACUAGCAAGUAUCCAACUCGUGCGUAUCCUGCGAUGCAGCCAAGGCGCGGGGAGAGCCCGUGAUACUCUAUGAUUCGUGUCCCGGUUCUGGACUAUCCCAAAUUAUUUCGUUCUAAUGUCCUAACAAGACUACCAUCAGCAUUCAUGUCAGCCUUCCAACUUUCCAUUCUGACACCGACUUCCACUUGUUAAAACUGUAUAGCGUCUUGUAAGAAGCUGGGCCUCAUACACUCAACCAUGGGCAAAGAUAGUGGUGAUUUCGAUACUCCUCUUCUCGAAAGCAUUUGGAGUGAUGAGCAAUCAACUCGCCGGCCUUCUCUUCCCCGGCGGGAGUCAUUCUUAAAGACAAGCUUAUUCUUUCUCGUGCAUCUCAUUCACUUCGCUCUACUAUCUUAUAUUGCUGUACUGGGUACUUUGUAUAUUCGCCAGCCCCUUUGCACACCUAUUUCGGAUCCCCCAAGCUCGGUAGCAAGUGAGUAUGCAAAGCUGUUACAGAUGCCACUGGAGUUUGAAGAGAGAAGCGCUUGGCUGCCUCUUCAAGCACCAUGGGAUCAAGAGCCAUCUCCUGCCCUAGACCAGGCUUGGGCUGACCUGAUGUUUGGUCUUAAUGUGAGAGUCACAACAGAUGAGGUGGAAUCACUCGGGUUUAAUAGAACAAACCGACUUCGUGUCAACGGAGGGGACUACUUCGGCGUGGUGGGCGUGUAUCACCAAAUUCAUUGUCUGAAUUCCAUUCGUAUGAUGCUCCAUUGGGACUACUACAAAAUCCAAUUUGCGAAUUUCCCAGAGUCUGAUGAGUUGUUCACCCUUGCGCACACGGUCCAUUGUAUUGACACUCUACGUCAGUGGUUGAUGUGUCACGGCGGCGUCGAGAUUCACUUAGUCAACUGGGUGGACAGUCCUGCGGAGAGGCAGCUCGAUGGAGCGACUUCAACAACGUGUUUGAAAUGGGACAGCUUAGCGGCCUGGACUAGGCCGAGGACUCUCGUUCCAGGGACUUACACCUACCGACCUGGGCCGCUCCAGGAGAGCAGGCAAACAUGAGAGGGGGAGAACGCUGUGCCAAAAGAGAUUGAACUUUGGACUUAAGAACACCGAUCCUAG